AUGUCACAGAAAAAAAUUAAUAAACGUAAACAAUCGACGUCAGAUAAAGAAUAUUCAAAAAACGAUUCCCCCCAAUCAGUGGCCAUGGUUAUGGAAACAUAUGAUAGUAAUAAAGAUAUUGGUGAAGACGGCGAAAAGAAAUUAGAAUUUUUUGAUUCUCGAGACGAUUAUACGUCAGAAUAUCGCACUAUGACCGAAACGGGCAUAUAUUUUGGCCGAUAUUGUAAUCAAACAUUUAACAACGUCAACGGUGUACACAGUCACGAAAAUGUUCUCAUUGGAAACACUCCUCUCCAGUGCGACGUUUGUUUUAAAACGUUUAGUUGUAAAUCUAAAUUGCAUAUACAUAAAAGAACGCAUGCUGGGGAGAGGCCAUAUGCGUGCAAUGUUUGUGGAAAUUCAUUUUCGAGGAAAGAACGUCUGGUGAUACAUAAAAGAACGCACACCGGUGAGAAACCAUAUGCGUGCGAUGUUUGUGGAAAUUCAUUUUCGCAUAAGUCAACAUUAGUUUCACAUAAAAGAACGCACACUGGGGAGAAACCAUAUGCGUGUGAAGUUUGUGGAAAUUCAUUUUCGCAUAAGUCAACAUUGGUUUCACAUACAAGAACGCAUACUGGGGAGAAACCAUAUGUGUGCGAUUUUUGUGGCCAAUCAUUUACGCAGCAAGCACAUUUGGUUGUACAUGGAAGAACGCAUACUGGGGAGAGGCCAUAUUCUUGCAACGUUUGUUGUCAAUCAUUUUCGCAAAAGAUAACAUUGGAUAGACAUAAAAGAACGCACACUGGGGAGAAACCAUAUGCGUGCAACGUUUGUGGCCGAUCAUUUGCUCGACAAUCAGCUUUGGUUGUACAUUACAGAAUACACACAGGCGAAAGACCAUACGAGUGCGGCCAGUGUGAAAAAAAGUUCUCAGCAAGUGCUGUUGGCCGAAGAGAAGGAAUUCAUCAAUCAGUAGCUCACGAAGUCUCUCAUAUUUUCUGCUCGGCUAAAACUGCUGAGCAGUUAGACCAACUAAAGACUCAAAUUGAAAAAAAAAUCAAUAGUAAAGCUGAAGGGAGCACGACUUGGAAUCGGCACCAAGAUAAUUUAAAGAAAAAACUUGAAGUAUUAAGAGCUCAACAAAAGAUGGACGAUUCUCAAUUUGAUCUAGAAGAAGGAAAUAGUAGUCAGAAAAUCCGUCCACAAUUGGCUAAAGUUAAUGAGCCAUUAAGUCAAGAUCAACCAUCAACCUCUACCGAAAAAUCUCUUUCAAGAAAAGAAAAUUUAAAUAUAGAAAGUUCUGGGGAAGAUAUAAAAUGA